AUGGAUUACCGCUUGGAGCUUACCGUCCAGGCGGCGAACCCCCGAGCCGAACUGGUCGAUACGGUUCUCGGGCCUACGCCGUGCCAGCCGUGUGCCGAGGUUGACGAGGUCAGCCAGGCUGCCAGCUUGGCGGGCAUGGCGGUGGCCAAGGAGGCGCGCAGUUCGGGCUCCGUUCACGGCGGCAAUUUCAACGUGUCCAUCUUUGCGGCCCUCACCACCGGUGUCACCGUGGGUAUUGUGCUGCGCUUUCUGUCCACCAAGCCAUGGCCGUCACGCCACGUCAUGUACCUGGGCUUUCCGGGCGAAAUACUGAGGCGCUUGCUGCGCGAGGCGGCGCUCCCCUUGAGCGCGUCGAGCGUGAUCGCCGCGUCGGCUUCGCUGGAGCGGACGCUGUCCGCGCGCGUCGCCUGCUUCGCGCUCGUCUACGCCUUGGUCGUCAAGCUGGUGGCGCAGGCGAACGCCGUGCUGACCGCGCUCGCGGUGCAGCCCGGUCGCGCCCUCGAGGCCGGCGACCUCCAACGCAUCCUGGACGCCGUGCCGGCUCACGCGAGACUCCACGAGCCUGGCCAGAAUGGAAACAAGACUGGUUUGCACGGGGCCAGUUCUUCGAGGCUUGUCGGUCACCAGGCGAGCUUGUUGCUCUUCUGCGCCAUGCUGGGCUACGUCCUGUCGGCACACGGAGGUAGCGGUACGCUCCUGGGUUUCUUCAUCGGCUUCAGCAACGCCAUGAUGUACCUGGUGCACUUCGUAUUGCUGUACGUGCCAUUCGGGCUGUUCUUCGCCACGGCCGCCUAUGUCGUACAGACACGCAACCUGCAGCCCGUGGUGUCCUAUUUCGGCCUGUACCUGUUCGCCCUGGUGCUUUCUCUGGCCCUGCACUCGCUGCUCCUGCUUCUCCUCGUGGCGGCCUCCGCCACGACGCGCACCUUCCGUGGAUUGCUGCACAACGCGGCAACCCCGCUGGCGGUCGCCUUCAACGCCGUCUCGAGCAGCGAGACAGUGCCGGCCACCAUCGCUGCGCUCGAGGAGCGCCUCAACCUGGAUACCAAGAUCGUGCGACUCCUCAUUCCUAUGGCGGCCGUAUUCAACACGGACGGCACCGCCAUCUACAUCACCAUCAGCGCACUGUUUUUCGCCCAAACCAAGUCCGACUACGUUGAUCUGCGCACUAUCUUCUUAACCUGUGCCCUGUCCAUGCUGUUCAGCAUGGCCACGCCCACUGGAGGAGGUCCCAGUCACCUGAGGCUCCGAUUGAUCCACGAAGUCGUCGGAAUGCCAACGGAAAACAUCGAGAUUCUCUUCCUCACAGACUGGAUUGGUAGCCGCCUGGCAACCAUGGUAGACGUGCUGACGGGUCUCAUUGGCGUCCACGUGGUGCAGCACUGUUGCGGCUUGGAAGGAUCACCCACCACAGAAGAGGCCAAUAGAGAGUUGGCGCACUAG